CAAGAUGGCGGCCGCGCUUCCCUACUCGCAGGGCGCUUCCGGUGGGGCCUGGUGUCAGCGCCGCGGCUAUGGCGGAGCUGACAGACGCGGAGCUCCGGAGGGAGCUGAUAGCUCUCGGUUACCGGCCGGGGCCCAUCACCGCCACCACCCGCAAGGUCUACGUCAAGAAGCUGGGCUGCCUGCGGGCCGAGGUGGCGGCGGCCAAGCGCAGGGGCCGCGGCGCGCCGCCGAGCCCGGCCCGCACCCCCGCCAGGCCGCAGCAGGCCUCGCCCUCACGGCAGCGCUCCGGCUUCAACCUCAGCCCCGUCGGGGCCGCCCGCGACAGUGAGGAGGAGGAGGAGGAGGAGGAGGAAGAGGAGGAGGAGGAGGAGGAGGAGAAAGGGGUGCAGCCGCCCGCGUCCCGCUGGGGGACGUCUGGGGAGGGUGGCGGGCUGUCCUGGGGGGACUCCCGGGGGUCCCCCCCGGGCCGGGGCGGAGGACUCGGCUCCAGGGCUGAGGGAGGCCUGUCCCGGGACAGCUUUGGGGGGCUGAGCCCCUCGGCGCAGUGGGGGGCGUCUGUGGAGAGAAGUGGGGGGGCCGGGCUUGGGGCAUCCCUGGGUGGGUUUGGGGGGCUGAGCUCCCCCUCUCAGUGGGAUACGUCUAUAGAGAGAAGUGGGGGGCUUGGGGCUGGGUCGAAGCCAUGCCUGGAUAGGUCUGGGGGGCUGAGCCCCAUGUCUCAGUGGGACACGUCUGCAGAGAGAAGCAGGGGGCUUAGCACUGGGCUGGGGGCGUCCCUGGAUGGGUUUCGGGGGCCAAGCUCCGCGUCCCAAUGGAGCACGUUUACAGAGAGAAGUGAGGAGCUGAGCGCUGGGUCGGAGCCAUCCCUGGAUGGGUUUCGGGGCUCAGGCUCCUCGUUGCAGUGGGGCAUGUCAACAGAGAGAAGUGGGGGGCUCAGCACUGGGUUGAGGCCGUCACUCGACAGGUUUUCGGGGUCAAACGCCACAUCCCAGUGGAGCCCAUCUGUAGAGAGAACUGGGGGGCUUGGCAUCAGGGCUGGGUCAGGGACAUCCCUGGAUGGGGCUGGGGGCCUGAGCUCCACGUCCCCAUGGGGUACCUCCACAGGCAGGAGCGGGGGGCUCAGCUCCAGACCCCUUUCCAGCGAUGAGACUGAGGGUCUAAAGUCCAGGAGCCAUUGGGGCAUGUCGGGAGGAGGAAUUGGGGGGCAGAGCUCCCGAGCUCAGUGGGAGACAGCAGGGGAAAGGAAGGGGCUCUUCUCUAACAGCUUGUGGAGGCGGGAAAGCGAGGUGACACCCAGCACCCACUGGGGCACCUCAGCGGGACCUGGGGCUUUGAGUCACCAGUUUGGGAGAGGGAAAGAGGACUUGGCUUCCAGUGUUCGGAAGGAGGCAGACAGGGAUCUGAACCCUGGUAGCCGGGGAGGGGGAUUGAUCCGGCGGUUCCCGUGGAGGGCUAUGACCGAUGCAGGGGUGGCCUCAGGGAGCCGGUGGGAAGCGUCGGGGGCAGGACAGGGAAUAACCUCCCGCACUCACUUGUUGCGGUCAGCCCCCAAGCAGCAGACGGAAGGAAAGGGCAAAGGCCUUGAAUACUAUCUCUCCCAGUUCCUUUGCUUCGCCAGCUUUGUGCUACUGCUGAUUUUUCUGGGCAUCCUCGCGGUGAAGAUGAUUGGGUCAGGCUGGCUUGACAGGAGAGAGGAGAACUUUAAUCUCUUGCCUGUGGAUUGUGACAAAAGAACGGAUGAUUUCUGUCGAGCUAAACAGAAGGACGUAAUAAUGAACGUGCUGCACGAGUUGUAUAACUACUUGUCCAUACAAGCUGGUAAUUUUGAAUGCGGAAACCCUGAGAAUCUAAAAAGCAAAUGCAUUUGGGUUAGUGAAGCGAGGGAUCACGUGGUGAAUAUAACUGGUAGUUCCCCACAGAAGUUUGAAGCUGCCCUGCACUGGAUACUAAACAGUAACAAGGAUUUAGGAAUAUGGUUGAAAGGCAGAGACCUUUCGGAACCAGUUACCAAAGUGGAGGAAGUGUUCUGUCUCGAAUCAGCCCAUCCUCAGAUGGGGCUCGGCUGCCGUUUCCGUCGGGCAGUGGUCACUGCCAUUAUGAACCUUUUCCUGUUUUUCUGGUGUCUGGUAACUCUUUGGGGGAUCCUAAUCUUCCUUAGGUAUCGCUGGCGGAAGAUGGAGGAAGAAGAACAAGCCAUGUAUGAAAUGGUGAAGAAGAUCAUAGCUGUUGUCCAGGACCACUAUAAGGAAUGGGAAAGGAAUUUGGAGCGUUACCCCUAUGUUGGCAUUUUCCACGUUCGGGACAGCCUCAUCCCUCCUCAAAGCAGAAAAAAAAUGAAGCGGGUCUGGGAGAGAGCUGUGGACUUUCUGGCUUCAAAUGAGUCACGGAUUCAGACAGAGUCGCACAGAGUAGCAGGAGAAGAUAUGCUUGUGUGGAGAUGGACUCAACCUUCUUACGUCUCAGAUUCAGAGCAUUGAGGAGGAGCAGAAGUUGAGCAACUGUUGAUAUGGACCUCUGCAAGGGGACGGCCCCUUCUCUGGUGGUGGGAAAGAGCAGGUCAUGGUCCUAAUCUCCUAGGCUUGGGGAUUGCGCGUAUCUGUUUGCUCUUCUUUCUGAAAAUCUUCACACACAAAACUUCAGGGCAAUAAUGUUGGCUUGGAAAGAAGAUGGGCUUGAGCUGGUGGGAAGCUAGAAUUGCACCAAAGUUAGCCUUCCAGCAGAUAUCUGGCUUCCGUAGAGAAGCAAACCUAGAACAACUUUUUAAAAAGGAAAAAAGAAAAAGCAUACCUAAUAUGGAGGGACUUAGGAUCUCUCUGACAAUGCUUAGGUAUUUUAAAUUUGACCUCAAUUCUGCAAAGGCCAACUGGUGGCAACGUCCAUCAGGGAAUGUGUUUGAAGAAGAUUAACAUUUCCCAUGGAAACAUUAGGGUGGCAGUUAAGAUGCAUUUUGUUAGAAUUUGUUUUUAUCUGUACAAAAACAUUGAUGAAAGCACUUGCUGCUUCCUAGCGAGGAAAAUGUUUGUGUCGGCUUCACCCUUUAAAAAUGGGGGAGAGGAGGAGAAGGCAGGUGAAGGUAGUCCUAGAGGGAGGGCAGUCUGAUGUGCCUUGGUCAUUUGGGCUGGGUUGGGUGGGAUGGAGGAGUGGUUGUGACCCUGUUAUAACUUCUAAGUCUGCAGUCUCUGUGCUUUAUGAUUUCUGGGGGGUGGGGGGAAUUUGGGUGGAAAAUAAAGGAUCUAGGAAGCUUCAGAAAGCGCUUUCUUGUGGCUACAGCCAAAGGGACUGCUUCAUGAGCUGUUAAAGAGCAGCUUUGGAAAGGCUAUUAGGGCUGAAUGUACAUGUUUAACCUGGGCAGCUGCAAUGUGUGUGCUGUAUGUCAGAGCAGAGAUGUACCACGCGUGGAGUGUCAGUACAGGGAUUGCCAAGUCAAUGUUCCUGCAGCCUCAGAAUAGGUACAAGGAGCAGCGAUGAAUCCUCUGUUUGUGCUACUACAGGCAUUGUAUUUUGUAUCUAUAAUAAUUUGGUUACUUAAGUUUCUUUUUAUGUCCAGCAAAUGAGUGUUUGUUUCAAAGAAAAUAGCACCUGUGUGUGGCAGUUUAGGCUAGGCAGAGAUACUGCUGAUCUGCUCUUCCCAAUAUUGUAAAACAGCCGUCCAGCUCACCACUAAGACAGCAGGGACCAAAUUAAUUUCUGGCAUAUGCUGGUAAAACCUGCAGAAAGAAGCCAGCAGUGAUUUGAACCCGGGUAACCAGUGAAUGUUGUUCUCCUUAGCAUCAUGGGUACAGUGUGAAUGCUUUCAUUCACCUCUGAUGCUGGAUGCACGGAGAACUUUCUCUUCAGGCUCUGGGUUAGCUUACGAUGGCUGCCGAAGCCCUGCUCCCUGCUUUGCAGGCUGGUGAUGCCACGUACAAGGUUGGUUCCUUCUGCUAGUCCCUGCUCACCUCCCGGUAUGAAGUCUGCACUUCUCUGCCCCACUGCCGGCUUUGGUGGGGUUUUCCACCUAUGUACCAUGCAGGCUGCUGCGGAAGGACUGCAGAGACUCCUUACAUACCUCCUGCUGGUGGUCAUCAACUAAAACAAGUGGAGAGAGCAGAUUUCUCUAGGAACAAAACGUGGGCAGGUCUUUCCCAUUAAAUGGGAAAUACCCUGCGUGGAGUUGACUCUUACCCUGUAUUUUCUUUUUGGUUGCAAGGGUAGGGCAUUUGCACGGAAGAGGAGACUCAACAGCUGUCUUCAAGACAAUGACCAGCUUCUUCCACUGUUAAUAAAAUAGGGGAUAAAGUGAAGGCAGCCUUGAUUCUUCUAAAAUGUUGUAACGAGAUCGUCACUGCUGCAGUAGGAAUUUUUGCAAACACCGGUGCCUACAUUCUUAAGCCUUUUUAAAAUAUUUGUGGGGUUUGGGUUAGCUUUUUUUAACCAUCCAAAUCCAGAAGUGAAGAGUCAGACAUUGCAGUCAUCUUUUUUGUAUUAAACUUGUUUUUGUAGAAUAAGUUUCACUGGCUUGGUGCUGUUUAUAUGUUCAGUUUAGCUCUGUAAAUCAAUAUAUAAAAUAAAUUUAUUACAAAUAAUUUGUUACCUUUAUUUUUAUUUUAUUAAUCACAGAUUGUUCCAAGUGCUUUCGCUCAGGCAGAUCAAAUAGAUCCUGCUCCGGAGAGCUCACAGUUUCUAAGAAUAAGACCGAAGAUGGCAUGGGAAUUGCAUGACAGCCUAAUGAGACAAUGUGGAUCCUUGUGACGCUCGGUGAUCUCGGCGCAAUAGCCAGCAGUCUGAAGUGUUUGGUUGCAAAUUAAAUCUCUUUUGGGAAUAGUUGGCAUUAAGCAGAGGUGUGUAUGAAAAGCAGUUAGCUUGUUUAGCUGCAUUUUGUAGAGAUUGACGGCUUGGGAGGGUUGUGAAACUGUAAAUAUUAGUUUAGCAGAUGGAUCAGUAUUCCUGUGGCCCAUAAUAAAGCAGUUAUUUAAAGCAGGGAA